AUGUUGAUACAAAUCUCAAUGUUAUUGAUACAAAGUUUGCCGAAAAAAUUAAUAAAAAAUUAUUCGCUAAAUCAUUUUAGGUCCAUGAGUGGAAUACAAAAUAAAAUGGAUGAAACAUGCAUGUUAAAAUAUAUAAAAACAUGCAUUCCGCCUUUGGACGGCAGUAAUCAUAAAGGUCAAGCAGGCAGGAUAGGAGUUAUUGGAGGUUCAUUAGAAUAUACAGGCGCACCAUAUUUUUCUGGAAUUAGUGCAUUAAGAGUGGGAGCAGACUUAACACAUAUAUUUUGUACUAAAGACUCUGCUACUGUUAUAAAGUCAUAUAGUCCUGAAUUAAUAGUACACCCCUUACUGGAUUUCCCGAAUGCUGUGUCAGAAAUAUCACAAUGGUUUGAACGGCUGCAUGCUAUAGUCAUAGGACCAGGAUUAGGCCGUCAAAAAGAAACAUUUAACAUAGUGACUGAACUCAUUGAAGUCAUACGUGAGAAAAGGAUUCCUCUAGUUAUUGAUGCUGAUGGUUUGUUUUUAAUUACCGAAAAGUUACAUUUGUUAAAAGAGUUCAUGUCUCCAGUUAUACUUACACCUAAUAAAAUUGAGUUUGAAAGACUUUGUGCUAAAACAAAUGGGCCCACAGGUUUAAAUCAAUUAGGUAGAUAUGUGACUAUAUUUAAGAAAGGAGAAAUAGAUGAGGUGUACAGUGUUGAUACUGAUGUUCAAUGGAAGUCUAAUAUUGGAGGGUCAGGCAGGAGGUGUGGAGGACAAGGAGAUUUGCUCUCUGGAGCAAUUGCAAUCAUGAUGCACUGGACCAUGGCUAACAAAGAUAAAAUACUAAUGGAAACAUGUGGAGGUGAUAAGGUCUUAUUAGCUUCUUCACUCUCAUGCUAUGGUGCAAGCCGUUUGAUAAGACUGUGCAAUGAGAAAGCUUUUGCAGUGAAAGGGAGAAGUAUGGUAGCCUCUGAUAUGAUUGAGUACAUCCAUGAAUGUUUUGAGCAUUUAUUUGGUCAAUAA